AUGGUUAUAGUGGAUAGGUUCUCUAAAGCCGCCAGGUUCAUUCCCCUACUCAAGCUACACACAGCCAAAGAGACUGGCGAAUUAAUAGUGGAACAUGUCUUCCGAGAAUUCGGCAUUCCUGUCUCGGACAGAGGUCCCCAGUUCUCUUCACGCUUCUGGAGAGCUUUCUGUCAAUCCCUGGGAACUACAGUUAGCCUGUCCUCGGGGUUCCACCCGGAGUCCAACGGACAAACAGAGAGGAUCAAUCAGGACCUCGAGACCACCCUCCGGUGCAUGGUGGCUAGCAACCCGUCUUCAUGGUCUGAGUUCGUCAUGUGGGCAGAAUACGCCCACAAUACCCUGAAAUCAUCUGCCACUGACAUGUCAACCUUUGAGUCAACCUGUUGCAGAGCUUUUCGAAUUAAUCGCGUAUUGCGGGAUAGACAGGAUCCUUUAGCGCAGCGCGAUAGCGUCAUUGUUGAGAGAUACCGUUUUUCUCGUGAGGGUGUUAUUUACAUCAUUCAUUUGUUGGAACCACACAUUACGUGUUCAACACGGAGGAGCCGGGCUUUAACAACAGCACAGACUGUGUGCAUUGGCCUGAGAUUCUUUGCGAGUGGCACUUUCCUUUACACUAUUGGAGAUGCAGAGAACUUGGUGAAAAGUGCUGUCUGUCGUGCCAUUCGCAAAGUUUACCUGGCGCUCAAGCAGUUUUUAGGGUUUUUUGUGGUAUUUCCAAGCCACUUAAGACCACAGGUUGUAAAGCAGGAUUUUUUUAUGUGUCCUUCAGGCUUCCCUAACGUGAUUGGUGCCAUAGACUGCACACACUUCCCCAUCAAGGCCCCCCCAGGCCCCAAUGAGGGGGAUUUUGUGAACCGAAAGGGGGUUCACAGUGUAAAUGUGCAGGUAAAUUACGAUUACCAGUGUGUGACUCUGUUCCAUAUCACCAAUGUGGAAGCAAAAUGGCCAGGAUCAGUGCAUGACUCAAGAAUUUUCAGAGAGUCACAUUUAUGCACAUUAUUUGAACGUGGGGAUUUUGACGAGAUCCUGCUUGGAGACAGGGGCUAUGCCUGCAGGCAGUAUUUUAUGACGCCCUUCCCUGAGCCAAACCCUGGACCUCAAACCCGUUACAAUGCAUCUCUAGCCACGACAAGGGCACGCAUUGAAAUGACCUUUGGGCAACUAAAGGGAAGAUUUCAGUGUCUGAAAAGUCUGAGGGUUGCACCUGACAGGGCCUGUGACAUUAUUGUUGCAUGUGCCAUUUUGCAUAACAUUGCCACCAUCAGAAAGGAGAGG